AUGUCUGUUGAAAUCGAUCCCCAGGAGCUUUCCUUCCAACGUCCGUUCAACCAGGAAGUAUGCCAGGUUCUGCACUUGCAUAACUACAAUGAGGAGCCGCUUGUGUUCAAGGUCAAAACCACCGCUCCAAAACACUACUGCGUUCGCCCUAAUUCCGGCCGCAUUGAGCCCGGCAAAGGAGCUGAUGUCCAAGUCCUGUUGCAAGCUAUGAAGGAGGAGCCUGCCCCCGAUGCGAAGUGUAAAGACAAGUUCUUGGUUCAGUCUGUCGCAGUUACCAAAGAUAUGGAGUUCGCCAAUGUCACAUCCAUUUUUGAAAAGUCCUCAAAGUCCUCAGUUGUGGAGCGCAAGAUCCGUGUGACUUGGUUGGCCCCGAUCACAGAGCCCAAAGAGCAGUCGCACUUGGACGAUGAGCCUCCCGCUUAUCCCUCCCCGAACGCAACCUACGAGACACCCGCUCCCAGAAAGACCACUGCCGAACAAGGAUCUCCUAUUCCUCCCCCCGACUUCUCCGAGAAGCUCAAAAGCGAAUCAUCCCCGCCUCCUAAUGAGCCCAGCAGCUUCACCAGCGCCAAGGCUGCCGUUAUCAACGCACUUCCCUCAAGCGACGAUCUGAAGGCCCAGCUUUCAGAUGCAAACGCACAGAUUCAACGACUGAAGGACCGAUUGGCGGACCAGGGCUUGCGGCAGCGGAAGACAGGCGGCGAAGCAAAGGCCGCCCCAGCAACAAUGCAACAAACACACACACAGGGCGAGACCGGUGUGCCUCUUCAAAUUGUGGCUGGUCUUUGUUUGCUCAGCUUCUUGAUUGCCUACUUCUUCUUUUAG